ACAGUACCAGAUCCACACCCUUCUGCGGUGAAAGCCACAUCAGUUGAUAAUCAUGAUGUUGAUUAUCACAGGUUAGUAAAUUCAGUAGAGAGGCACACCAGAUGCAGUCCAGCGUAUUGCCUGAAAAAGAAGAGGGUUGACCUGCCUGCAGAGUGCAGAUUUGGGUUCCCAAAACCAUUACAAGAGGAAACUGCGCUGAUUUAUGAGGUACGAGGUAAGAAAAAUAAAUCUGUACACUCAGAGUUGCAAACCAAGAGAAAUGAUGAGAGGCUGAAUUCACACAACAGGGUCAUGCUUGAGAAUUGGCGGGCCAAUGUGGAUUUACAGAAUGAUGACCAAGUGUCUUCUGCAAUCAAGAAAGCAAUGAUCCAAGUUGCUGGUGAUCGAGACAUGGCUGCUCAGGAGACUGCCCAUAUGUUACUCAGUUUGCCUUUGGUAGGCUGUACGUAUAGUUUUGUUACUGUUUCUUUAGAAAACAGUAGAAAAGUGAUCCUUGAUGCAGAAAAUCCACAAGAGGAAGUACUUCAGAAUUCUGUUCUUCAAGAUUAUGGAGAGCGGACAAAAGUGGAGAGUAGGUAUAGGGGGUUAUCUCAGUUGAAUUUGAUGCAGUAUGCAUCUCAGUUCACAAGAGUCAGAGACAGAUUUUGCUAGAGACAAUGUAUUUGGGUAUUCUAUUGAAACAGAGAUGGUCCAUGCUGCACAGACAGAUGAAACAUAUGGAACUGAUGAAAGUAGUGAUGAAAGCGAUGACGAACAGGAUCAACCUAAUGAGGAAGAGCAAAUUGAGGAUUGGAUGUUGUUAUGUAGACUCAACCAACAUUAUGAGGAUGCAGGAAAUCAAAUGGCAAAUAACGAAGCAGUGGAUUGGUUCGAAGCAGCAAGAGGCGUGCCUGGGGAUUUGUUGAGAGAAUCUCCUGGAUGGAUUUCUAAACAGAGAAGGGAUGCAGAGGAGCAAGGUAUGCAGUAUCACACAGGUGACCAACAAGUGGUGGUUGACCCAGGGACCUUGAAUGACAAACAGCGGCUGGCAUUUGACAUUAUCACUGCAUCCAUGGCUAAUGAUGAAUGUGAACCGCUACAUAUGAUUGUAAGUGGUACUGCUGGCACAGGUAAGACAUAUUUAAUUAGUGCCCUAAAGCAAGUAUUGCAAGACCAAUGUAUUGUGACAGCAACCACUGGAAUUGCUGCAUUCAGUAUUGGUGGUCAAACUUUGCAUUCCGCUGCUCAACUUCCGAUUCGGGAAUACAGAGAAUUACAGGGUGAUUCCUUACAGAGAUUGCAACUCAGAUUGGAAGGUAAGAGGUUUCUCAUUAUUGAUGAAAUGUCAAUGAUUGGACAUAAGAUGCUUUCAUGGCUUGACAACAGACUACGUGCAGGUACAGGAAAAGAGGAUGUCCCAUUUGGUGGCAUGUCGAUUAUCCUAAUGGGGGAUUUUGGCCAAUUACCUCCUGUAGGCGAUAGGCCAAUGUACAUUGCAGGUAAUGGAUCCGUAAUCAGUGACCAUGGUCACAGUAUGUAUUUGACAUUUGAUUAUGUAGUCAUUUUAGAGCAGGUCAUGCGACAGAUUGGUGAAGACCCAGAAGUAGUUGCAUUCAGGGCGCUAUUGAUGAGAAUGAGAGAUGGACAAGUUACCGAGAUGGACUGGAGACUAUUAAUACAGCACUCCAGACCUAACGUUUCAAUGGAUCAAUUUAGUGAUGCUAUUCGGCUGUACUUUGAUAAAAAAAGUGUCGCUGAAUAUAAUUAUGAAAAGUUGCUAGAGAUUGGACAACCAUUGGUCAAAAUUCAAGCAAGGCAUUCUGGUCGGGGUGCAAGUGCGGCAACCUCUGAUGAAGCAGAGAAUAUGGGUCCACCAAAUCUACCGAUUGCAGUACUGGUUCAUUUUCCGGCAUAUUCUGGCACUGCAUUUCUACAAGAAUGUUCAAAGUGUAUACCUGUGCCUCCAAGACUGUUUGAGUGGAUGGCUGAUGGAAAGUAUUUGUCAAGACAACAAUUGCCCUUGCGGCUGAGGUAUGCAAUGACGAUACACAAGUCCCAAGGACAGACACUAACCAAGGCUGUUGUUGAUUUAGGUAAAGGGGAGAGAGUUGCUGGCUGCACAUUUGUGGCAACAUCCAGGGUAAGAUCAAUUCAUGAUAUUGUGUUUGAACCUAUGACAUUUGAUCGUCUGAAAGUCAUUGGUAGGAAUAAAAAUUUGAAGAUUCAACAAGAAGCAGAACGACGACUUCGUGUGCUUGCAGAAAAGACUGAGCAGAGGCAUAAGCAUUGA